AAAGGACGAAAAGGAUAUAAGAGACAUUCAUCAACAGAAUUUCGUAUUCGAGACUUGACGAGAGGAACAAAAUAGGAAACAUGUGCGGUUCUGAGUUGGUGUGGUUUUUGAUUUCCAAGUAUUUCGCCAGCCUUGAUAGUGUCCUUAUCGUUUACAAUUCAUCAUCGUCAAGUGAAAUAAUUCAAGGAUAUGUAAAUGCAACGCAAUCAUCUUUUCAACAACUCGCCACCCAACAAGGACUCGUCAUUGGGCUGCAUUGGAUAAACGUUGCAGGUUUUACGAAUCAGUCGAACUUCAAUGAGUUGAUGUUGCAGCAAGUGGACUUAGGAAUUCAGGGCUACAUCAGUAUCCUGCCGAGUGUGGUUGAGUUUUUGCACGCUCGUUCGUAUGCCACAGAAAACUCGUUGCUCCGGUUGAAGGACAAAUUCUACCUCUUUUUGUCGGAUGAUGGCGAUGCGAGCCCAAAAGAUGUCCUUGCUCAGAAGAUUUUGAAGCUUUAUCCCCACCACCUAUUAGUAUCGGCAAGGAAAUGUCCUGAUUUAGAACUAUGGACACAGAAGUACGUUGGCAUUGAGGACAAUUUGGAUGCAGUCUAUUUGGAUACGUACUAUUCGGAAAGUAGAACUUUUGCCAUCAGAAAUGUGGACUUUUAUCCAAAUAAAUUGGUCAAUAUGCUGGGUCGGACAAUGGCAGUGGCUUCUAUAACUUACUUGCCUUAUGUGAUAAGUUACUUUGGAACUGAAAACAACGGUGAUGUCGAUUGCAUCGAUGCAGCUUUACCAACUAAAAGUAUCACCUAUUCUGGAUGUGAAGCCAAUAUCGUCUUAACAUUUUGUGAGCUUCGAAAUUGUACAGUGAAAGUUAUGCCAUUUGGCAAAGAUAACUGGGGUGGAGUUUACGAAAAUGGUUCAUCGGAUGGGAUGAUUGGUUAUGUGUAUCGGCAGGAAGCAGAACUAGGAAUUGGCUGUUACUAUAAUUGGUAUAAUGACAUCUUUGAGACAUCAAUGGUUGUAGCUAGGUCAGCUGUUACUAUUUUAGGACCUGCACCAUCACUUUAUCCACCUUAUAUGACCAAUAUUCUGCCCUUUGGUAAGCUUAUUUGGUCCCUGAUCAUACUCUCGAUUAUCGUGAGUUCGGUGGUGAUGCAUGUCAUAAAGGUCUUCUCUUUUAAAAUGAAGUAUAAACAUUUGGAACGUCAACCGGAAUAUGACCAUAGUUCCUCGUAUAUCUUAACUCUGUUCCAGAUGGUGGCCAUAUUCUUUCAGCAGUCAUUCUCCCAAUCAAAAUUGGACCGUUUUGCAGCUAGAUUCUUUUUGAGUACCUUACUUUUGGCUGGAAUCACAUUGGAAAACACUUACAGUGGACAGCUGAAGUCAUUGCUGACAAUUCCACUUUUCACAGAUCCUGUCGAUACAAUCAAGAAGUUUUCGGCCACCACCUGGAAAUGGGGGGCUCCUGCUCCAGCUUGGGUUUUAACCAUUUUGGAUUCGGAUAUUCCUUAUGAACAGAUUAUGGCAAAAAAGUUCGAAGUUCGAAAUUAUGGAGAGCUAAAGAAUGCUACUUUUUCGGGGAGUUAUGGAUUUGGAGUCGAGCGCUUACAUGGUGGAGAAUUUACCUAUGGGGAUUAUAUUGAAGAGGGUGCUCUUAACAGAAUGAUUCUUACAAAGGAUGAUUUGUUUUUUGAUUGGACUCGAGCUUUUGCGGUUAGAGGAUGGCCGCUAAUGGAUGAAUUCAAUACACAUAUCUUGUGGUGCUUUGAGCAUGGACUUUAUAAGAAUUGGGAAAGAAAGUACAUCAAUCAAUAUUAUGAUGAAACGACUCAAGAAAAGUUUCGAUUCCUCGAUGCUGGACAUGGUCAGAAGUUUCCACCAGCAACUUUGUCGAUUGCAAAUAUUUCCGGCCCAUUGAUUGCUCUUAUUCUUGGAUAUAUUACUGCAUUUUUGGUUUUUUGUUUGGAGAUAUUUUUUGGACAGUUUAGAAACAAAACGAAUAAUUUUAAAUGAUAUAAAUGUAGUAAAAAUUUAA